UAGAAUGUUGUCCCUAUUAGACCUGCGAUAGAAGCCGACCUCACUCAGGACUAGGAGCUUGGUUUUGCAUCUGCGGAGGGAACAAAGGGGGAUUCCUGCCUGGGAGCCACAAUGAACGCCAUCGUUGUCCUUUGCCACUUUUGCGAGCUGCACGGGCCUCGCACCCUCUUUUGCACGGAGGUCUUGCACUCGCCUCUUCCGCAAGGGGCGGGCAGCGGAGACAGCCCCGGGCAGAGCGAGCAGGCGGAAGAGGAGGAAGGAGGCAUCCAGAUGAGCAGCAGGAUCCGGUCGCACAGCCCGGCGGAAGGCGCCAGCGCAGAUUCCAGCAGCCCAGGGCCCAAGAAGUCCGACAUGUGUGAGGGGUGCCGCUCUCUUCCUGCAGGGCACCCGGGCUACGUCAGCCACGACAAAGAGACCUCCAUCAAAUACGUCAGCCACCAGCACCCAAACCACCCCCAGCUCUUCAGCAUCGUGCGCCAGGCCUGUGUCCGCAGCCUCAGCUGUGAGGUCUGCCCGGGACGCGAAGGCCCCAUCUUCUUUGGCGACGAGCAGCACGGCUUCGUCUUCAGCCACACCUUCUUCAUCAAAGACAGCUUGGCGCGUGGCUUCCAGCGCUGGUAUAGCAUCAUUGCUAUCAUGAUGGACCGCAUCUACCUCAUAAACUCCUGGCCUUUCCUGCUGGGCAAAGUCAGAGGCAUCAUCGACGAGCUUCAGGGCAAAGCACUCAAGGUCUUUGAAGCUGAGCAGUACGGAUGCCCCCAGCGGGCGCAGCGCAUGAACACAGCCUUUACGCCUUUCCUGCACCAGCGGAACGGAAAUGCGGCUCGUUCCCUCACCUCUCUGACAAACGACGAGAACCUAUGGGCCUGCCUCCACACGUCCUUUGCUUGGCUCCUGAAGGCAUGCGGCAGCAGACUGACGGAGAAGCUUCUGGAAGGUGCACCCACAGAGGAUACCCUUGUUCAGAUGGAGAAAUUGGCUGAUCUUGAGGAAGAAUCGGAAGGCUGGGACAACUCGGAGGAGGAGGAAGGGAAAGCUCCAAGCCAGGGUGACGCUCAGGAAUCCCGAGAGCUUGUCAAAAGCCCCACGGACUCCUCCCUCACCUUGGACUGCAGCAACUGGAACAUGGCGCCCCGGAACCAGGGCUUCCGGUCCCUCCGGCACCUGAGACAGGUUUUGGGACCUUCUGCUUUCCGUAUGUUGGCGUGGCAUGUGCUCAUGGGGAACCAGGUCAUUUGGAAAGCGCGGGAUGCAGACCUUGUCCAGUCCGCCUUCGACGUCCUUCGGACCAUGCUGCCCAUCGGCUGCGUUCGGAUCAUCCCCUACAGCGACAAAUACGAGGAGGCUUAUCGGUGCAACUUUCUGGGCCUCGCUCCCCACGUGCAGAUCCCGCCCCACAUUCUGUCAUCUGAGUUCACCGUCCUUGUGGAAGUCCGCACGGCCACGCGGUCGAGCCUCUAUCCUGUCUUGUUUGACGAUGAGCAGCCUCUCAGCAAAUACGAAUUUGUGGUCACGAGCGGGAGCCCCGUGGCAGCAGACAGAGUUGGUCCCACCAUCUUGAACAAGAUCGAAGCGGCCCUGACGAACCAGAACCUCUCUGUGGACGUGGUGGACCAAUGCCUUGUCUGCCUUAAGGAGGAGUGGAUGAACAAAGUGAAGGUCCUCUUCAAAUUCACGAAAGUGGACAGCAGGCCGAAAGAAGACACCCAGAAGCUGCUGAGCAUCUUGGGAGCGUCCGAAGAGGACAACGUGAAGCUGCUGAAGUUCUGGAUGACCGGCCUGAGCAAGACCUACAAGUCUCACCUGAUGUCGACGGUCCGCAGCCCGACUUCUUCCGAGUCUCGAAACUAGAACUCUUUCGGCUCCGCUUGAGGAAACCCUCGCUUGAACCUUUAGCCUGGAGGUUCUCCGUGCAGCAGAGCAGCCCGGCUGUUCCAGGACAGAGAUGCAAGGGGACACAGAAUCUCAUGGCGUAUCCUCGGCAGAUCAGAGCUUGCUUCUGUGUGCUGGCUUGCGAUAGGUUUGGAGAGCCUUAUCCUUCUUUCU